AUGGUAAUCAGGAUACCCAGAUGCUCGAGGUAUUUCAUACGACGCCUGCUGCCGAGGAGACACUACCGGGUGUUGGCCAUCGAGUCGUCCUGCGACGAUUCGUGCUUUGCUCUUCUAGAAAGAAACCAUCCAAAUGAGACGCCGCGGAUCAUCGACCACGUCAAGAAGACCAUGCAUUCGGCAGACGUGGGCGGAAUCAUGCCCACGGUGGCGUACAACUACCACAUGUCCACUAUUGCCAACUUGUGCACCGAAUUUUGCGGCAAGAACCAGCUUUCAGCGCAGUCUCCGCCCGAUUUGAUCUGCGUUACUCGCGGCCCGGGCAUGGCUGGGUCCUUGAGCAGCUCGACCGAGUUUGCCAAGGGGCUAAGCGUGGCAUGGAAUGUGCCCUUGGUUGGAGUUCACCACAUGUUGGGCCACUUGUUGACCUCGUUCUUGCCCCCUGCCACCAACUUGCCCCCCGGUUGGCAGCCGCCGAAAUUCCCGUUUUUGAGUCUUUUGUGCAGUGGCGGCCACACCAUGCUAGUGCUACUGGAGUCGAUUUCCAAACACGAGAUUGUCAUCAAUACCAGCGAUAUCGCGGUGGGUGAUUCUUUGGAUAAAUGUGCGCGAGAGUUGGGCCUUUAUGGCAACAUGUUGGGACCAGAAUUGGAAAAGUUUGUCAACAGCAUCCCCUUGGAGGAAAAGUUGGAGCUUAAAAGUCUAGAUUUCAGCAAUCGCGAUUGCAAUCGGUACAACUACAGACUCAACCUCCCCUAUCUUUCCCCAAAAGACCCCAGCAUGAUCCAGUUUUCGUUUGCUCAAUUUCUCAGCAGUAUACGCGAUUACAGAUUGAGCUUUUACGACGGUGGUGCCGAGGCAGAGAAAAACACUGGUGAGUUUGAUCUCAAGACUAAGCAGAUGUUGGCUUUCAUCACUCAGGAAUACAUUUUUGACCACAUUGUAGAUAGAAUCAACCGAGCGUUAAAGACACACGGGCUUGGACGCUUCAAAGAUGGCAAACUCAUUGGCGUGCGAGAUUUUGUCUGUUCGGGGGGUGUUGCUGCCAACAACCUCUUGAGAACAAAGCUCGCUGCUAAUCUCAAGUACCGUGACGUUGGAGACACACCGUUCCGGUUUCAUUUCCCGGAUCUUUCAUUGUGCACAGAUAACGCCGUAAUGAUCGGGUUGGCUGGCAUGGAGAUCUUUGAAAAAUUGAAACUUAAAACUGACCUUGGGUUCACUCCAAUAAGAAAAUGGCCCCUAACUGACUUGUUAACGGUGGACUCGUGGGUCAACGUUGACGACAACGAGAUUGGAAAAGUCUGUAAAUACUAA